AUGAGGCGGGCGGAGCGGCUCUGGGGCGCGGCGGUGCUGCAACUGCUGCUGGCCGCCCGAGUGGUGGCGGCGUUUGAGCCCAUCAGCGUGGGCAUCACCAUCGGGGCCGUGUCGCUCCUCACCGGCUACCUGUCCUACAAGGACAUCUACUGCCGCUUCUCCGAGUGCUGCCGCGAGGAGCAGCCGCUCAACGCCUCGGCGCUGAAGCUGGAUUUGGAGGAGAAACUGUUUGGACAGCAUGUGGCCACGGAAGUGAUUCUCAAGGCGCUGACUGGCUUCAAGAACAACAAAAAUCCCAAGAAACCACUGACCCUUUCCUUACACGGCUGGGCUGGCACAGGCAAGAAUUUUGUCAGCCAAAUUGUGGCUGAAAAUCUUCACCCAAAAGGCCUGAAGAGUAACUUUGUCCACCUGUUUGUAUCGACUCUGCACUUCCCUCACGAGCAGAAGAUAAAACUGUACCAGGACCAGUUGCAGAAGUGGAUUCGUGGUAAUGUGAGUGCAUGCGCGAGCUCUGUUUUCAUCUUUGACGAGAUGGAUAAAUUGCACCCUGGGAUCAUCGAUGCAAUCAAGCCAUUUCUAGACUACUACGAGCAGGUGGACGGAGUGUCUUACCGCAAAGCCAUCUUCAUCUUUCUCAGCAACGCAGGUGGGGACCUUAUAACUAAGACGGCUCUUGACUUUUGGCGGGCAGGAAAAAAGAGGGAAGACAUUCAGCUGAAGGACCUGGAACCUGUGCUGUCUGUGGGAGUCUUCAAUAAUAAACACAGUGGCCUGUGGCACAGUGGACUGAUCGACAGGAACCUCAUCGAUUACUUUAUCCCCUUCCUGCCCCUGGAAUACAGACACGUGAAAAUGUGUGUGCAGGCCGAGAUGAGGGCCCGUGGUUCUGCCAUAGAUGAAGACAUUGUCACGAGAGUGGCAGAGGAAAUGACGUUUUUCCCCAAAGACGAGAAAAUCUACUCAGACAAGGGCUGCAAGACUGUGCAGUCGCGGCUCGAUUUCCACUGAGCUCUUACCCAGAUGGUUUAAGAGGCAACAGGGAGGCUGAGCACACCAGGGCCCUGCCUUUCAGAAGCACUUUGAAGACUUCUUCAGGGUUUUGCACAUUUGCACCUGUGGACUUUCGGGAUAGAGAAGUUUCUAAGAGUUGAAAUAUGAAAAUGUGCUAAUCUGUCCCAUCCACCUGUCGUUUUGCAACAUGACAGAAGUCCAGCUGUUCUUCGCAGUUGAAGAUGGACUUUUAAAAUUCCCUUCACACUUAACGUUACCUUAACGAAAGUGCCUGAAGACAGCUGUGCGAGGCAGGCCCAGGGAUCCUUGGCGACCCAUGGAACCCACAGCUCAGCAGCUCCUGGGGGGGCGGCAGCCGAGGCGCAUUCGGUCUCCUGCUGAAAACACUCUAGCUGUUUCGUUUUCUUUGCACAGGGAACCUUCACUGACUUGGAGUAUUUUCAGUUGGGAUAGGUGGUUUCUGCAGGUGCAGAUGGUAGCACUCUUUUUUUUUUAUCAGAUAGCAUUCUUAUUUCAAUUGCCAUUUUUAACAUCAGUGGUUUUAAGACUGCCUCAAAGCUUUUAGCAUUUGGCCAGUUUUAACUCACACCCACGCUAGUCUUUCCCUCUUCCUCGCUGAAUUAGUUAUGAAAGGUAAAGUUUGUUCAACUGUGAAUUGCUAAUUGUCAAAUCCAUGCCUUCUCCCUGUUAAAGAAACAGAUAAGGUGAUUGCAUAGAUGGCCUAAGCCGUCUGCUGAAUUUGCUCAAAUGCAGAUUACCCCAUCGCACUCCUACUCCCUGCUGAAUUGCGUUUUGAAGGGUGGAGCUCAGAGAGACAUCUGAACACAGACAAGCUCCUCAGAAAUUCUGAACCACGGCCCCUAAAUCUACCAAACCACCUAACCUUGGAAAGCAAAAUCAGCUGCAUUGUUUUUGACAAAAUGUUUUGGUAAAGGCUUCUUCAGGCCGAGGGGGAAAUUCUACAUUUUUCCAGUCUGCGCCAUCCAGCGAGGGGAGAGCAGCUACAGAGGCGAGCGCAAGCUGGGCGCCCCAAGCCUUCCUGGGAAACGCGAACAGGCCUUGUCUUCUGAUGGUAAAGAACUUCAGGAUCAGGGCCCAAUGGACACUGGGCAGACUUACUCAACCCUAAUUGUGCAAAGAACCACCUUCUCUGACCCCCUCUUUGGCCUUUUCCAGGGCUACAGGCAGCACCCCCGCCCAGGGUCUCUCGUGGGGCUUCUAGCCGGCAGCCUCUGGAUGAGGAGAGCAGGGCCCACUGGACCGUCACGGACGUCACAGCGCGUGCACAGCAACCGCUGAGCACUCUUGACCUGUGCUGAACUGUCCCCAUGGGCUGGGGGUUCGACCUGAGGCCUCUGCAGCAGACAGGACAGACAGGUCCCUUCCUCCUGUCCUUUCUCUGGCUGCUGAUUCCAGCCCUGGUCGUGGGAUUCCUCGCCCAUCUCACAGUGUCAGCCCCAGCCUGCCUUGGACCACACCUUGUCCUGAAGUUCACUCGCUGCUGGAUUUCUCCAGCCAUAUCACAGAGUGAAUCAGAGUGAGACCACUGGCUUUGAGUUUGAGUCCUUGGUUCCCAUGGUGAGCACUUGUCUGUUAUACUUUAUAUGUGGGUCAGUCUCUCACUGUUGGAAAUCUGCACACCAUGCUCAUUCUCCAUGAUUGACAUGUGCCCACACUGAGCAGCAGUCAGCUGCAGAUUCUGCAUUGCCAAAGAAGUGCGAGUACUGUACGCUAGAAAUGCUGGAGUUCGCAAGGAUGUGUAUGUUUUUAUAAUGUCUUCUGAACCUCAGAUAAUAGAAAUAUAGGAAAUUGCUAAUUUUAUAAUAAAACACGGGAAGGACAUAAA